UCUGGUUCCACUUGGUCUGAGGGGCUCGCGAUACAUGUCUCCACGAUACAGUAGGUACAAGGUACACGAUACCGUACAGGUACCUACCUACCUGGUCAAGGAUCUCCGACAUCCUGGAACGAGAUCUGUCUUUUCGCUUGCUAUAGCACUCGUUUCGGCAGAACGGACAUUCACACACUGUCUCAGUGCACUUUGCCCAAAGAAUCCGUCUUGAAACUGUGCUCCAACCUCUCGUGUCGAACGGCGGCAUAACCGAGCAAUAGUAUCGGCUCUCUUUUCUGUGGGUCGGGAUUUCCGCAUCCCGCCACUGGAGGUGGACCGUGGACUCGUGCUCUGCCUUAUUGCUGCCUCGAUAAGUUGAUGUCCUCUCGUCGCACUGUUUUGGAGAAAUCUUUUGCCAGUCCAAAAUCCAGUCGUCGUUGGUGAGCCCGGAUUAGACUUCAACAACCAGCCGUACGAACCAAGAUGCGGUUCGCGGGACUAGUAUGGGCAACUGCCGCCCUCGGCAGCAUGGCCUCCUGUAGUAGCAGUGACUUCCUGGCCCAGGCUGUGAGGCUCAUGGAAGAUAGUCCAUUGAUCGAUACUCACGUCGAUCUACCACAAGUGAUGAGAAGCUUAGGCCGGAGACCAGUUGACACCAUCACUCAGCUGAAUGGCACAUUUCCCGGCCAUGUUGACAUUCCAAGGGCGAGGCAAGGACGUCUAGGAGCAGCGUUUUGGACUGUGUGGGCUCCAUGUCAUUAUGGCGAAGACUCAGAUCAAGGACCCGAUUUCAACACACCGACAAAUCACGUCCGGGACGCGCUGGAAAUCCUUGACCUCAUCCAGAAUAUGAUUUCGCAACUCCCCGACGACCUGCAGUAUGCCAGAACAUCGGGGGAAAUCUGGGACGCUUUCAGACAGGGCAAGAUUGCAUCUCUUCUUGGGCUAGAAGGCACGCACGUCCUGGGAAACUCGCUGAGCAUCUUGCGGUUAUACGCCCAACUCGGGGUCCGCUAUCUCACUCUGACGCAUAUUUGUCACAGCUCAUUUGCGUCUUCCGCAGGCAUGGGUUCACCACUGAUCCCAGUACAUGAGGGCGAUGGCUUAUCAGACCUGGGAAAAGAACUCAUCCGAGAGUUGAACCGACUCGGGAUACUCGUGGAUCUCUCCCACACUUCCGACAACACCAUGAGACAAGCUAUUGAACUGUCGGAAGCUCCGGUCGUGUGGACACACGCAGGAUCUCGAACAGUCUGGAACCAUUCGCGAAAUGUUCCCGAUGAAAUCCUCGACUUUAUCGGUGACGGUCCAGGAAAGAAAGAUGGAGUUGUCCAGUCCGUCUUCUUCCCAAAUUUCAUCGGCCCGUAUCCCGGUGCGAACGUGUCCGAUGUCGCGAAUCAUAUUGAGCACAUUGCGAGCAUCAUCGGUCGGAACCGUGUGGGUAUCGCCUCCGACUUUGAUGGUAUGGCUACCACCGUGGAGGGCCUGGAAGACGUCAGCAAAUAUCCCAACUUGGUGGCAGAGCUUCUCUCCAGAGGUUGGACGGAGGGAGAGAUGCGCGGAGUCUUGGGCGGCAACUUCAUGAGGAUCAUGGACAAGGCGGACGAGGUCAGUGAGCGAUUGAAAGCACGAAAGCCGUCCUCGGCCAUCUGGGAGAAGAGAGGAGACCUUCCAUCUAUCACCUGGGGUGGACCCGGCAACCAAAUGUACUGGCCGAGAGAUGUCAAGGCUGCCGUUGACAAGAUGUACCCGCGUCAUGAUGAGUUGUAACGAAUGUAGUGUAGGUAUGUACCGUGAUGAUGUAGGUAUACUGCUCCUCACUCCCAGCCGUACGAUGCUCUGUGUUUCAGCGAUUCUGGCUUGUCAUGCCUUGUAACGGAGGAUCCGAGGUCGCUGGUAGGAGGAGAAAGUCCGCUGCCCGGUAAAUGCACAGUGGAAGGCGAGUGCAGAUCGUUUGACUUUGGAGAACAUCCCCGU